CCAAGCACAUGGCUGUGUCGAUUAAAAGAAAGCUAUUAUAGGAAGGUUGUUCUGCACUUUGCCAGGAUCAGGAUAUCCUGGAAUUUCAGUUGACAUUCAUCCUCACUAACUAAGCAAAUACAGGGGUAUAAAUAAUUGUUAGCUUACUUAUUCCUACCACAGAUGAGUAACUGGAAGAGGUGCAUUUUCACAGUCUGCUCAGAGACCUCAGCCUAAGGUUCCAGAAAACAUGCACUCCUUUCAGUUACUGUGUUCUCUCCUCCUCUGCAAUGCCCUGGUGGUGGCUGCCCAGAGAAAACUACAGAAGGAUCCUGAGCAGGAGGAGCAGGAGGAGGAGGAGAACGUCACGCGGAUAAGGAUGCCUCAAACUCUCUCCCGAGGAUGGGGUGAUGAAAUUGAAUGGGUUCAGACAUAUGAAGAAGCUUUAACUAGAUCAAGAAACAGCAAGAAACCUCUGAUGGUCAUCCACCACUUAGAAGAAUGCCCUUAUAGCCAAGCUUUAAAGAAAGCUUUUGUUUCCAGCCCAGAGAUCCAAAAGAUGGCUCAAGAGGAUUUUAUUAUGCUUAACCUGGUGCAUUCGAGCACAGAUGACAACAUGGCCCCCGAUGGCCACUAUGUCCCUAGGAUCCUCUUUGUUGACCAAGAGAUAGGAAACAAUCGAUGGUGAGUUGUGCGAAGAGGAGAGCUUUGUCGAACAUGGAGGCCUUGAGAAGGCAAUCGUCGAGGGGUUUGGAUUCCUAAAGACCGGAGGGUUGCCCUUGAAUCCUUCAUUGAGUGAAGCACGUCAUUCAUGGUGGAAGCAAAGAGUUUGUCACCGUCGAAGGGAAGAUCUACAAUGGUACUUUGAACCUCACGAGGAAAAGAAGAAGAGGACAGCCAUGAACCUUGGUGCAUGACCACUGCAGUGGAGGUGGAUCUUGCUGCUGUAUUGCCUGCAUCGGGGGCUGCUUGAAGACCUGUACGUGAUAUGAUUUGCCCCUUGAAAGAUAAGCCUGUGAAUUGUUGUUUCUUUUGUUCUGGAAUGUCUUCAAUAAAGUCCAUGAAUUUGUUAUAAUUUUUGUGGUCGAACUUAGCAAGAACUGCAGUAUAAUUGGCAAUAUGAAGCGGAUAGCAGGGUGGCUG